AUGAAUCAUAUCUCUUGUUUGCUGCAAAAGUCCUUGCGCGACUGUGUUACCGAAAAUGUUCAAAUAACCGCCGACACUCCACUGUUUUGUCUCAUACGUCUUACAGAAGACUUCCAGAGGGGGUCGCCGGGUCAACCAGGGCAAUCUGGUCAACAAGCGUCUAAGAGAAUAUUCAACUAUUGGCACAACCCCGAUCGGUGGAUCAAGGCUGUGACAUCUUGUAUUGAACAGAGAAACCUGUCCUCGGCUGUCAGACUUGUCUGUUUGCCGGAGGGCCUGGCGGAGAGCUUGCCACCUACUUUUGAUAAAUUAUGUUCCAUCCACUCAAAAAUUCCGGUGAACAGGCGGGUCUUCCCCGCAUUGGCACCAACGGCUGGUCGUGUUUCCUGUCUUUUGGCCCAUGAUGCUUUGACUAUUAUCCGCAAUGCCCUCAGUUUGCCCAUAUUGAUGUACUUCCUGCGUACAUACAAACACAUUGACUCUUCUAAAUUGGGCAAAUUUGACAGAGCCCUGCGCACCGCCCUGUCGUCGAUUUGCAAUGUUCAAGAACCAUCUGGCAUUUCUGCGCAUGAUUGUAGGCGACCGGACGGAUGCACGCUAAUACCUUGGAGAGCCGGCAGAUGUUUGGCGUGGGAUGUUACGGUCCCUGGCACCCUCGCCAAACGAUACGUAAACCUGACAAGUAAAGAAUGCGGUUUGGCCGCGGCCAGGGCAGCGGACGAGAAAAUGAAAAAAUAUGGGAAUGCCCUCCCCUCGAUGGAAUUCUUGCCAAUAUGCAUCGAGGUUCUCGGCCCGAUGGACCACAACACCCUUAAAUUUCUCAAGGAAAUAGGCAAAAGUAUCAGUGUCAGAUCAGCUGCGUUGUACAAUAUUCAGGUUGUUGGUAAUUGGACAAUUGCUAGCAUGCCGAAUGCUAAUGAUAGAGUGUGCACUUGUUGUAAAAAUGAAAUUAAAAGAACUGAAAAAGAAUUACAAUGCAGUUCAUGCAAAUUUUAUGUGCACACAAAGUGUGUAAACAUAUCUGAUUCUUAUUUACCUGUGUUUAAAAUAAAACAUGUGAAAUUUCAUUGCGAUGGCUGUCUGGAAAUUUUCGAAAAUUUUGACAAUGCUUUAGUAAAUGUUGAUAGACAUUUUGUAAAAUCUGCAGUUGAAAUUGCUGCUAUUCGUGAAUCAAACAAACAGCUCAUUUCUGAAGUAAAUGAAAUGAAACAAUUGUUGAAUAAUUUUGGAAAAGUUAGUGUGGCCGUCGGUCCUGAGUUUGCAAAAGAAAUGGAUAUAAUGAAAAGAUCAGGCGACAGAUCAGCUGACAGCAGGGAACUGUUUUUCGCAACUAACCACAUUUCGGGCUUGUUGCAGCGGUUCCUGCGUGUCUGUGUGCUUGAAAAUAUCCAACUGAAUGCCGACAUGUGCAAUUAA